AUGGAGGAGACCUUAGCGAAGUAUGAAGGCAAACUGAGUUAUGAAUGUGUACAGGAUAUGAAAUUCUUAGAUUUGUGUGUUAUGGAAACUGUACGUAAAUAUCCUGGAUUACCCAUAUUAAAUCGUGAGUGUACAGAAGAUUAUCAAAUACCAAAUUCAAAAAUGGUCAUUAAAAAAGGAACUGGAAUAAUUAUUUCUCUAUUUGGUAUACAUCGUGAUCCAGAGUAUUUUCCUGAUCCAUUGCGAUAUGAUCCAGAACGGUUUCUAGAAGAAAAUAUGAACUACAAUCCUGUCGCUUAUAUGCCUUUCGGCGAAGGACCUCGUCAUUGCAUUGCUCAACGCAUGGGUAAAUUAAAUGCCAAAGUAGCCCUAGCUCAAAUUAUUACAAAUUUUGAUAUUAAAAUAAGAGAAAAACCUUCCGAAAUUGAAAUCGAUAAUUAUGGUGUACCUUUAGUUGCUAAAGGUGGUAUAAAUGUAAGUUUAUCAAAAAAAAUAAAA